GCUUUUGCUGCCUCGCUUGCGGUUGAACCACCGCGGGAAGAGAUAGCGCCUCUGCCUUCUUCUUUUGGGGUUGGGAGAGAUGGAUGGGAUUGCUCUCGGAACCCCUCCGAGAUUUAGGGUUGCGAGCCCGUGCUUCUCGUCCUCCAGAUUUCGGAGACGCCUACUGUCUCUGGAUCCUGCUCCGGGGGUCCCGAUGGAUCGACCGCGGAGACCGUGUGCUCUCCGGUGCACCACGGCUGAAGAAGCGUCUGAGACAGAAGAAGAAUGUGACCCUCCAACUUCUGGCGGGCAGAAAAUUGCAAAUUCUGUUGAGAUCAAGGAGUGGCAAAAUGGAAAUGUAGUUGACAAUGCAGCUUCAAGGCAGGGUAUACAAAUCCGGAGGCGGCCACUAACUGGACCUCCUAAGCACUAUGUAGGACCAUUUGAGUUCCGGUUGGAAAACGAAGGAAAUACCCCAAGGAACAUCCUAGAGAAAAUAAUAUGGGACAAGGACAUGGAAGUUUCACAGUUAAAAGAGAGGAGACCUUUGACCACAUUGAAGAAAGCUCUCGAGGAUGCUCCACCUGUUAGAGAUUUUGUUGGAGCACUAAAAGCAUCAGUUAAAAAUACUGGCAUGCCUGCUUUGAUAGCAGAGGUAAAAAAGGCUUCUCCAAGCAGAGGCGUGUUGCGGGAGAAUUUUGAUCCAGUAAAAAUUGCCAGUGCAUAUGAGAAAUUUGGAGCAACUUGCAUAAGUGUGCUGACUGAUGAAAAAUACUUUCAGGGAAGCUUUGAGAAUCUAGAGGCCAUACGCAGAGCUGGAGUUAAGUGCCCUUUACUGUGUAAAGAGUUCAUUAUUGAUGCCUGGCAAAUUUACUAUGCUCGGUCAAAAGGAGCGGAUGCGAUCCUGCUAAUUGCUGCUGUUUUACCUGAUCUUGAUAUCAAAUAUUUGACUAAAAUCUGUAGGUUGCUUGGCCUAGCGACAUUGGUUGAGGUGCACAAUGAGAGGGAAAUGGAUCGAGUAUUGAGCAUAGAGGGUAUACAGCUAAUUGGAAUCAAUAACCGUGAUCUUGAAACAUUUCAAGUUGAUAUUUCAAACACAAAAAGACUUUUGGAGGGAGAGCGUGGGGAGCUUAUUCGUCAGAGGGACAUCAUUUCACUAAGGUUUUCAGUUUUGUGGCAUGCCCCUGCCAUGAUGAUAUACCAGCAUAGCAUGUGCCAAAUGGCAACCAACUCCGGUUGGCAUUGUCCUCUAUGCCUGGCCUGCUUAGUGUUGGCAUACCCUCCUGCAGGUGGUAGGGGAAUCUGGCUUAUUCACUCCUGAAGAUAUUUCUUAUGUUCAAGAUGCUGGAGUUAAAGCUGUACUGGUUGGUGAAUCUCUUAUCAAGCAGGAUGAUCCAGGCAAAGCAAUAUCAGGAUUGUUUGGUAAAGACAUAUCCAAAUGAUUUCCAUCCUACUUGGGCAGCCAGUUUUGUCAUAGAAAUUAUUCAACUCCAACUUUCAAGAACAGGAUGGUGUUUCUCUGUUGUGCUGUAAUCGAUGGACCCCUCUGUGAAUCUAAACUGCCUGGUGUUUUAUUCUCCAAUGUUUUUUUUUUUUUUGUGAGAAUUCAAGAUAUCUACCUAAAAGUUGUCCUGCCGAAGAAUAUACAUUUGCCCAACAGAAAUCAGAUAAUAGUUUCAGUAUUUAAAUUUGGAUAUUGUUAAUGAAAAUGUUCUUAUAGUUGGAUAAA